AGCCACAUUGCAAUGCAGCCGGUCGAACGCCACAUCAGUUCUAAAUUUUAAUUAGUAGAAAAAUAGCAAAAAGCAUUGUUUAAAAUUGUUGAAAAAAUAAAUAGAAAGUGCAACCCCGUAAAGCACACCCCUGUUUGCCCAUAGCGGCCGGGCACAUGAACGAAAACAUAUAACAAGCACGCAAGCAAACAAUGUUACGUCUCUUUUGUGUGUUUGUGCUGCUGCAGUCGGCGGCCCCGAUCUUGGCCAGCGCAGAAUCCAGCCAGAGCUAUCCCAUAACCACACUCAUCAAUGCCAAAUGGACGCAGACGCCAUUGUAUCUGGAAAUAGCCGAGUAUUUGGCUGACGAGCAGGCUGGCCUCUUCUGGGACUACGUCCGAGGGGUGGCAAAGCUGGACACGGCUCUGAACGAAUAUGAUACGGAGUCGCAGAUGUACAAUGCCGCCCUAGAACUUGUCAAAACCCAUGUAAGUUCACCGGAGCUGCCUUUGCUCAAGCUGGUGGUGUCCAUGCACAGCUUGACGCCGCGCAUUCAGACACACUUCCAACUGUCCGACGAACUGCGUGGCGGUGGCGCCUGCCAGGGCUCUACUUUCGCCCAGGUCGGCACUGAGUUGGCCUGCAGCUACGCGGAGUUGGAGAAGAAACUGGAACUGGCGCGGGCCAAGGACAGUUUAGAUGCGCCAGUGGAUACCUACAGCUUUGAUCACAUCUAUCCGGGCAGUGAGAACAAUACCCGCACGGUUGUCUUGUAUGGCGACCUGGGUAGCUCUCAGUUUCGGACGUAUCACAAGCUCCUGGAGAAGGAGGCCAACAAUGGCAAGAUUCGAUACAUCCUGCGCCAUCAUUUGGCCAAAAAGGAGAAGCAGCCGGUGCGCCUCUCUGGCUAUGGCGUGGAGCUGCACUUGAAGAGCACCGAGUACAAGAGUCAAGACGAUGCUCCCAAGCCCGAAGCAGGCUCCACCUUAGAUGAGGACCUGGACAAUGAAUCGGACGUGCAGGGCUUUGACUUUAAGGCGCUGAAGAAGAAGCAUCCCACUCUUAAGCGAGCCCUGGACCAGCUGCGCCAACGUCUGCUGCAGGGCAACGACGAGAUCGCCCAGCUGAAGGCCUGGGAAUUCCAGGAUCUGGGCUUGCAGGCCACUGCUGCCAUUGCAGAGAUUCAAGGGGAUGAGACCCUGCAGAUUCUGCAAUACACUGCCCACAAUUUCCCCAUGCUGGCCAGGACUCUGCUGGCCCACAAGGUGACGGAUGCGCUGAGGGCGGAGGUCAAGCACAACUCGGAGACAUUCGGGCGCAGCUUGAACGUGGCGCCCCCGGACGGAGCGCUAUUCAUCAACGGCUUGUUCUUCGAUGCGGACACCAUGGACCUGUACUCCAUGGUGGAGACCCUGCGCUCGGAGAUGCGUGUGCUGGAGAGUCUGCACAGCAACAAUGUGAGGGGAGGCCUGGCCAGCUCCCUGCUGGCCCUGGAUCUGACGGCCUCGAGCAAGAAGGAGUUUGCCAUUGAUAUCCGUGACACCGCCGUGCAGUGGAUCAACGACAUCGAAACUGAUGCUCAGUACAGACGCUGGCCGUCGUCGAUAAUGGAUCUGCUGCGUCCGACCUUUCCCGGCAUGCUGAGAAACAUCAGGAAGAAUGUGUUCAACCUGGUCCUGGUUGUGGAUGCUCUCCAGCUGACGGCCCGAAGUGUGAUCAAGCUAUCCGAGUCCUUUGUCAUACACCAGGCUCCCAUUCGUCUCGGCUUGGUGUUCGAUGCGAGGGAGGCCGGCAAGGACAAUGCCGAGGAUUACAUAGCCAUCACGUGCGCCUUCAACUAUGUGAGCCAGAAGAAGGAUGCCCGAGCUGCCCUGAGUUUCCUCACUGACAUCUACGCGGCCGUGGGUGAGACGAAGGUGGUCAAAAAGGAGCACAUCGUGAAGCAGCUGACAAAAGAGUUCAGCACUCUAACCCGCGCGAAGGCCGAAGAAUUCAUUGAGGAGGACUCCACCUACGACUAUGGCCGAGAGCUGGCGGCAGAGUUUGUCCAACGCCUGGGCUUCUCCGACAAGGGACAACCGCAGGCCCUGCUGAACGGGGUGCCGAUGCCCAGCAACAUUGUCACGGCGGACAGCGAGUUCGAGGAGGCCAUCUUCACCGAGAUUAUGACGCACACGAGCACUCUGCAGAAGGCCGUCUACAAGGGCGAGAUGACGGACAAUGACGUGGCCAUAGACUACCUCAUGAACCAGCCCCAUGUCAUGCCCAGACUUAAUCAGCGCAUUCUCAGCCAGGAGGAUGUCAAGUACCUGGACAUAAAUGGCGUGGCCUACAAGCAGCUGGGCAAUGUGGCCGCUCUGAACCGCCUCUCAAACCGGGACAUGACGGCAACGGUGAUGGAGAACCUCAAGUUCUUUGGCGGAAAAAAGUCCACAGAGCGGAUUGGCCGAGCCUCCCUGCAGUUCCUUACCAUUUGGGUGUUUGCGGACCUGGACACGGAGGAGGGACGCACUCUGCUCACCCAUGCCCUGGAAUAUGUCCAGGGGGGCGAGAGCGUACGCCUGGCAUUCAUACCCAACACUGAAAACGUUCCGGCAGGGGAUUCGAAGAACCUAAAUCGUUUGGCUUGGGCCGCCAUGCAGACCCUGCCAUCGACUCAGGCCACAGAGCAGGUGCUCAAGUGGCUGAAGAAGCCCAAGGAGAAGCUUGAGACACCGUCCAAGGUGCAGGACAUACUGGGCUCCACGGAGCUGCAUCUGAAGAUGCUACGAGUGUAUGCCCAGCGGGUCUUGGGCCUGAACAAGUCCCAGCGAUUGGUCAUUGGGAACGGUCGACUGUAUGGUCCGCUUUCCGCUGACGAGAGCUUCGAUAGUGCGGACUUUGCCCUAUUGGCGCGGUUCAGCUCACUGCAAUACGGCGAUAAGGUGCGUCAAGUACUUAGGGAAUCUGCCCAAGAUGUCGGUGCGGAUUUCACCAGCGACACUCUGCUCAAGCUCUACGCCAGCCUCCUGCCCAGACAGACAAAGAAUCGCUUCAAGAUGCCCACCGAUCUGAAGACUGAUCAUUCGGUGGUGCUGCUGCCCCCCAAGCAAGAAAAGUUACCUCACUUUGAUGUUGUCGCUGUCCUGGACCCUGCCUCGAGGGGAGCGCAGAAGAUGGCGCCCAUGCUGAUCCUGUUGCGCCAGGUGCUCAACUGCCAGCUGAGUCUCUACAUGAUUCCCGUGCCCCAGCACAGUGAUAUGCCAGUGAAGAACUUCUACCGCUACGUUGUGGAGCCGGAGAUCCAGUUUGAAGCAAACGGAGUCAGGUCGGACGGUCCUCUGGCCAAGUUCAGCGGCCUGCCGGCCAAUCCUCUGCUAACCCAGCAGAUCCAGGUUCCCGAGAACUGGCUGGUGGAGGCUGUGCGCGCUGUCUACGAUUUGGAUAACAUCAAGCUGUCGGAGAUCGGAGGACCCGUGCACAGUGAAUUCGACUUGGAGUAUCUUUUGCUGGAGGGGCACUGCUUCGACGCGUCCAGUGGAACGCCGCCCAGAGGCCUGCAACUGGUGCUGGGCACCAAGAGCGAGACCACCCUCGUGGACACCAUUGUGAUGGCCAAUCUGGGCUAUUUCCAGCUGAAGGCCAAUCCCGGAGCCUGGUCGCUGAGGCUACGCGAGGGGAAAUCAACGGAUAUUUAUGGAAUAAGUCAUAUCGAUGGCGACAAUACCCAUUACGAUGCCGGUUCCUCGGUAGUGCAGGUACUAAUCACCUCCCUGCGUUCGCAUGUCAUCAAGCUGCGAGUGUCAAAGAAGCCGGGAAUGCAGCAGGCGGAGCUGCUCGCUGAUGAAACUGACCAGGCGGCACAGUCGGGCAUUUGGAACAGCAUUGCGAGCAGCUUCGGUGGCAGCAAUGGGAAUCAGGCAGCGACAGAUGAGGAUACGGAAACCAUCAACAUAUUCUCGGUCGCCUCGGGACACCUGUACGAGCGCCUGCUCAGGAUUAUGAUGAUUUCUCUGCUCAAGCACACGAAAUCGCCGGUGAAGUUUUGGUUCCUGAAGAACUACCUGUCGCCACAGUUCACCGAUUUCCUGCCCCACAUGGCCAGCGAAUACAAUUUCCAAUACGAGCUGGUCCAGUACAAAUGGCCACGCUGGCUGCACCAGCAAACGGAGAAGCAGCGCACCAUUUGGGGCUAUAAGAUCCUCUUCCUGGAUGUCCUGUUCCCGCUCAAUGUGAGAAAGAUCAUUUUCGUGGAUGCCGAUGCCAUUGUCAGGACGGACAUCAAGGAGCUGUACGACCUGGAUCUGGGCGGAGCUCCCUAUGCCUACACCCCGUUCUGUGACUCGCGCAAGGAAAUGGAGGGGUUCCGCUUCUGGAAGCAGGGCUACUGGCGGAGUCAUCUGAUGGGCAGGCGCUACCACAUUUCCGCCUUGUACGUGGUGGACUUGAAGCGCUUCCGCAAGAUUGCGGCUGGCGACAGGUUGCGUGGCCAGUACCAGGCCCUCAGCCAGGACCCCAACAGUUUGUCCAAUCUGGAUCAGGACUUGCCCAACAAUAUGAUACAUCAAGUGGCCAUUAAAUCGCUGCCCGACGACUGGCUGUGGUGUCAGACCUGGUGCAGCGACACCAAAUUCAGCAGUGCCAAAGUCAUCGACUUGUGCAACAAUCCGCAAACAAAGGAGGCCAAGCUGACUGCAGCCCAAAGGAUUGUGCCUGAGUGGAAAGACUACGAUGCAGAACUGAAGACGCUAUUAGCCCGCAUCGAGGAUCACGAGAACUCACAUAGCCGGGACAUUGACGACGAUCCGGUCGAUGAUCAUGUGGUGGUCACCACCCUGCCGCCACCGCCUGAGCCCAAGCACGGCGAACUGUGAUUCCCACAUAGCUAAAGUUCCCCCAAAUGUCGUCUUUAGUGAAUUUAAGUCGAGUGUCAUCGAUGCAUGCUUAACUACUGUCUAGAUAAGUCCCAACCCCAAGAGUAAUUUGUACAUUUUGAUUAGAAAUGCAAACAGAGAUACGAAAAGCAAAUGGCUCAGCUGAAAAAGAUCGAAAUUUGCUUCUUGUCUUGCAUUCCAUUUCCAGAGCUAUUGCCACAGCACACCACACCCCACUUUCGAACUAAGUUAAAUUUGAAUCAUGAAUGUCAAUGCAUGUAAACCACGCAGAAUGCGCCCAAAGGCUAAAAGUUUUGCCAAGGUAUUAAAUGAUGAAUGAAAUCCA